CCAGCACUCUCUCUCUCUCCUCCAUUCAAUCCACCCACCAUCUCUCUCUCUCCCCCCUUUAUAUCUACCAACACUCAUUCACUCUCUUGCCCAAUCUCUAGUCCUACACUCCUCUCUUUCUCUCUCUCCACCCAUCUUCACCAUAAUGUCAGUAAAGAAGUGUGAGAACUAUAGAAUCCAUCAUGAAAAACCAUACAAGAAGCUAGUUGUCAUCUUGAGUACACUUGUUCUAUCAUUUCUCUCCAUAAUUUUCAUAGUCUGGCUCAUACUCAAGCCAUCCAAGCCCAGAUUCUCUGUACAAGACAUCUCUAUCUAUCAGCUAAACAUCUCUUCCCCUGACCUCUUAACCUCUACCAUCCAAGUCACUGUUGUCUCUAAGAACCCAAACCAAAGGGUUGGUGUUUACUAUGAUAAUCUCAAGGCCUCUGCUUCCUAUAAGGGGCAACAGAUCACCGAGAACGCGGCUCUUCCUGCCUUUUAUCAAGGCCAUGACGACACCAACGUCCUCUCUUCAUGGCUUUCGGGACGAUCGGUGCCCAUGGCUCCAGCCUUAAGUUAUAACCUUGGCAUGGAUAAGUCAUCUGGUAAGCUUCUUCUUAGUGUUAAGCUCGAUGGGCGGCUGAGAUGGAAAGUUGGGAGCUGGAUAUCCGGCUAUUAUCACCUUGAUAUCGAUUGUUAUUCUGUUCUGGUUUUUCCUUCCGGUUCGGUUUCGGGGCCGGCCAGAGUGCAGCAGGGUGGUAGGUGCAGUACUAAUGUCUGAGGUUUGGGGAGAGAGAAAGUCAUGUUUUAGGUAGAUGUAGUUCCUUGCUUAUAGUUGGAGCUUGUAGUAUGCCUGGUUUUCUCUGUCUAAGCUUCCUCUUUUUCUAUGUAAAUUGCUAUUAGAAUGAUGGGUUUUGAUGAAUGAUGUGUUUAGAUGAGUAUGGAGGGGAGAGAGCAAGAAGUUUGAUAGUGAAAAUAAGAAAAGAUAAAAUAAAAAAUAUAGUUCAGCAAA